GGCAUGACAUAAGCAACACUCAAACUCCACGGAACUCCGUGGAAAGAUUAUCACACAGAGCUUCAGGAAAUACACCUAGGCUUGCUUUAGUAAUAGAGGCAUAGUAAAUCAAGGAAGGAUGCCAUAUUGAUGUGAUUGGGUGACAAAUAGGUAUUGUGUGACAAAUAGGUCACUGGGAAAUGUUCAUGAGUUUCUGGGUGGGUAAUGGCUGCAUACCGGAUAGGUAAGAGAUACUAGGUAAGUAAUACUCUAACCUAGGUACUCAUUCUCAAAUAUAAAUAUGUGUGACCCCUUUGCUGGUACGAACGCACAACAUGGAUGAGUUACCAAAUCAGCAUCAGCUUGAGACAGGUAGACAACAAUGCAUUUUCCACGAACACUCUUCUCGGUCGUCUUGUCCCUAUCGACAUCGACAGUCGAGGCGCAAGCUCCACCAGUAUCCCAGCAAUCCACCGGCUUCAACUCCAGCUUUGCCUUAAGCCCUUCCCAGAUAGCAUCUGCCAACCUAUCAGCCGAGCUAGCAGCUAGAAUCAACACCAUCGUCAACUUCGACCGCUCCCAGCUCGCCAAUGGCGGUCCCGCCGAAGACAGCUUCUACUCCCUCCCGCCCCUCACCAACACAUCAUCGUUGAAGCCGGGCACCAUCCUCAAAGUCCAGGAAUUCACCAACACGACGAGCUUCGUGCUGCCGCCCAACACCGCGCUCUCGCGCAUUUUAUACACCACCACCAACCACAACGGGACCGUGAUCCCGGCCUCGGCUUUCAUCCUCUGGCCCUUCGCGCCCAAGACAUUCCCUCAAGCCCAACCCCAAAAUCAAAACCAGAACAAUCACGCCAAAGCCCCCACCAUCCUCUGGGCCCACGGCACAUCCGGCUUCUUCGCCUCGCGCUCCCCCUCCUCGCACCGCGCCCUCUGGUACGGCGACGCCGCCCCCUUCGCCCUCGCCCUCGCGGGGUACGCCGUCGUCGCCCCAGACUACGCCGGCCUCGGCAUCUCCACAUCAUGGGACGGCAGCAACAUCCCGCACCAGUACCUACUCUCGUCCGCCUCCGCCCACGACGCGCUGCACGCCUUGCAGGCGUCUCUCGCCGCUUUUCCGGGCCGCCUCGAGGAGCGCUUCGUGGCGAUGGGUCAUAGCCAGGGGGGCGGGGUGGCGUGGAGCGUUGCGGAGGUGCUUGCCGCCGACGAAGAAACGGGGGUGUUCGCGGACCUCGCAGCGGGCUACCUGGGCGCCAUAGCCGGCAGCCCCACGACGCGCGUCUUCCCCAGCAGCAGCAUCGCCGCCCUCAUCGCCCCCUGGGUCUCCCUCGCCCUCCCCUCGCUCUUCCCCUCCUCCUUCGAGCCGGGCAUGUGGCUGACGCCUCUCGGGAUCGCGCGCACGCGGCUGUUGCGGGAGAUCGAGGGCGGGAUUAGUGUUUCGAUGCAGCUUUUUGAGGAGGGGGAAGGGGCGAGGGUGGUGCGAGAGGACUACUACGAAAGCACUUGGCACGCGGAGGCGUACGAGCGGAUCGCGGAUGCGGGGGGCAAGCGGUUUAAGGGCCCGUUGGUGGUGCUGCAGGGGACGGAGGACCCGUAUAUUCCGGUCGAGGGGACGACGCGGGUCGUGCGGGAGACGUGUGCGGUGAGCGGCAACGGUAGUGUGGACUUGGAGUACGUGCUCGUCAACGGCACAACGCACGUGCCGACGCUGUACGCGACGAGGCAGGUCUGGCUCCAGUGGAUCGAGGACCGGUUUGCGGGGCGCCCGCUAAGGAAGCCCGGGUGCGGCGGCGCGACGGAGAUAAAGAGCUGGCUGGAGCUGGAUAGGUACCAGGAGGUGGGUAACUCGUUCCCGAUGUGGGCGGGCGCGGAGGAGUUUACGUAUCAGACGCCGUUGGGGCCGUAGGCGGGGUGAUAUUUGAUGCUUGAUGUAAGUAGGUAGGGAGGGGGAGAGGUAGGCGUUUGAUGUAGGUAUGGAAUGGUGGGUUUCGCUGUUGCAUGCUUUCUUUUGCUAGAUAUAUGUAGAUUCUGUUCUGCCUAGUACCUGCGUACGGUUUCCAAUGAUAAGAGCUUAGGAUAGCACAUAUGAAUAGAACAGGUCUCCAUCGAGCUCAACCUCGGAUCGCCAAAUCAUUAUGUGUCUUCCAUUU